GACUAUCAAUCUCAUCCCAUACACCUUCCUCGUCGGAAUCACACAGCUGAGGGRCGUGCAACGAGAUCAAACCAUUCUGUUAUGAGCCAACCCAUUAAUCCGCCCUCGCCAACGACUGGGUACACCCACAUUCCCCCCUCUCCCCCGGCAUCCAAGCCGAAGAAUGGCGGUGGCGAUUCAACGGUCGCAGCGAGAACAAUUUCCACAUCGCGAAAAAUGAUGGUUGGGGCGAUCGGCGUGCUGUCGAUCUUUGUUCUGGUCCAAACCUAUUUCUACACGUACGAUAGCCCCGRAGAUAUUGUCGCUGCGGCGCAUGCUUCGACGUCCACUGCAGUAACGAUUGGUGGUGCUUUGUACCGUGAUUCGGAGGUCGAACCCAAACAUUCCUGGAUGGACAAKAUAGUCUUUCACCGGUCCAGUCUUGCGGGCGUGUCCCACGAGCUUAAACGUAGAAAGCAGRGAAGAGAUAGAAAAAAUAACAUAACGACCAAGGGGCACAAGGAAAAGAAUACGAAGGCUGCAGUAGCAAACUACGCGAACGACGACAUUGGUGAUUAUAGCAGCAUGAUGGAAGAUAUCUCCGUCCUCUACGAUGCCGUCGCACAGACCGUUCGUGACAUUGGGGUUCGCGGGCUGUUGUUUGAGGUUUUGUCCGACGACUUCGAGUACUACGUUUACAACGAUGAAAGCAACAGCAGCGACGAAACCGGCGACGACGACUCGUCCUCCGAUUCCUUGGACGAGCUGCACACCUAUUGGCGGAAAUGCAGUUCGAAACACGGGGUUGGAAAGGAUUGCAACGAAUGGGACGUGUGGUGGACAUAUCACUAUGUAGGAAUCGUCAUCACCGAUAUGUUGGUGCAAGAGAAUGAGUUGCUGUGGGACGGAUCUUCUGGGGAAAAGAUCACGGCAGCCAGUGCUGGCCCCGACGACCAAGACACGAGCAUGGCAACAUUGCUGGACAAGAUCCACCACCUGCAAGCGACGCUGCCAUACCUUACCCAGGCCAGCUUCCACGCACAGCAUGCGCUGAUAUGGCGGUACGUCGAGCGGUCGUCCGGGCGAUUGUCUUCCUCGUAUCCGUGGGACGUGUCGAUCCGGUUUUGCCGCGGGGAUGGAUCGCGAGAAAAGGGGAUUGUCGGCCGUCCGGUCGGGAAGGGCAUUGACCACGAAUGUUUUCACGGGUUUGGCCACGCCAUGUUUUAUGCCGUAGCGGCGAAGCAGAUAAGGCAACGGCGGCACGAGAAGCAGCAUAGAAGAGCCACAAAGUCGAAAAACAAAGACGAGGGAAGAGAACCUUUCUUGGUGCUGGCUCCACACAGUGGUUUUACGUUGUCUCAGAAAUCCUAUUGCGAGGUUUACGAACUGUGCCGGGGCGCAUCUCCAACGAAAGAGGAACGGCGUGCUAUGGAUCCUAACGGCGAAGCGAGAGCAAAUUCGUACAGGAUAUGUUUCGAAGGUGUGGUACACUCCGUUCGAUUGAUGUCGGAGGAUUCCAAGAUGACCCACAAACAAAGUGCAAUUGACAUAGUGGACAAGGAGAUGAAGCGGUGUGCAUCGGCGAAGAAAAAGAAGACAAAGAAAAAAGGCCACGACAACGAAAGGAGGUAGAUAGAAACCAAGAUGAAACGCUAAACAAAAUAGGUGGGACCAUUUGCUCGUUUUACAGUACUACGAAAAAUACAACUCGUACAUUUUUGGAUAUUGGAUUGCCAAACGAAUUAUUCAACUGAAGUUUACCACUAUUACUGCCUUUGGUUCGAUUAAAAUGAAACUAGAGCCUUAAUUUGGGGACUUUAUCGUUUGUUUGUUCCUCUCGCCACUUGCGUCGUCGUAUCUUUGUCCUUUCUCCNUGCCAGCCGACGUGAAGCUACACAACCUUGAUUCAAACUGUGACUGCUAUCAGUGACCAUAUACUGUGUCCUCGGAGGCAGCCAGUACUCGCCCUGCAGCCCUGCACGAUCCAACCUCAUCGCGAGAGCCUGUCCCUGUCUCUCUCAUCUUAACGAUUUUUGAAGUGAUUCGCGUGAACAGAAAACGAGACCAAGGAUCGAGAAUGAUUCGUCGUCGUCCCCAAAAUUCUCUUUCUGAAACGACGGAUUCCACCAAUGGCAGCAAAACAGAGAGUGCAAGUAAUGGUGCUACGAGAAGAAGCCCUGAUCAAAGCUCAUGUCAUCGAUUUCUGUCUUCUAAGCUGCUUCAGGCAGCAACCUUGGCGGCAUGCAUUAUUGUUCUCUUCGAGACCGCGAAUUACCUUGAUUCCGUCUACACAAUAAACACUAGUUACAAACCGAACAACAUGAUUGAUGGGACGGAACGAAAUAUAAUCGGCGCGGCUAAUAAAAAUGAUCAUGGGGCGAAGGUAGCUGGAACGACUGACAGCCGCGUUCGUGCCCUCAGCAUCAGUGACAUUCCAGAUGUUCGGCACGAGGCUGGUGCUUUUAAAGCCAUCAAGGCGCGGUUUGAUUAUGCUACCAGUAUUGGUCAGUCGGAAAAUCGAAACAAUUUCAACAACACUUCUGGCCAAUACUUGCUGGAUUUUGGAAUCAUUGGUUUUCCGAAAUGUGGCACGACGACGAUGAGUAAGUUACCAGUUAGUGUUUCAUCUGCAUUUUAUUGAAGAGGUUCUAGAUACAUCGGGGGAAGAGACAAAGAUCCACGGGCGCAAGUCCCUUUUGCCUAGUACACUAAUAGCGCUCGAAAACCAAAUCUUGUUACAACGUAAACAAUUGUCGAACCUGGUAACUCCGAAACCCUCUUUCACACUCCAUUCCGAAACGAAACAGUGAAAUGGUUGAAUAUGCACGAGCACAUGGCGGUCCUAGAUUUUGAAAUCACGGCGCUUCAAAAAAAUCAUCCUGCUCGCAUUCUCAACUACAUGAUACGCGACUUACCCGAGGGGAGGUUUCGGAGGGGGUACAAGAGUCCUACCGACGUUGAAGACGGUCGUGCUCGUAACAAGCUGGGGGUUCAUUAUGGCAAAACGAAAUUGUUGGUGGGGUUGCGUCAUCCAGUCUUGUGGUUCGAAUCCUUUUACAACCACCGGGUCCAGAACGGCUACGAGAUGCCCGAUAUUUUGGAAGUUAUCCGCGACAGAGGCCGUAGGGUGCUUUUGAACGAAUGCCCGGGGAAUUUCAGAGGAGUUUGUUUCAGCCGUGCCAAUUUUCAUCAUGCCCUGGCCAAGUGGGGUAAGACCCCACUGUUAUUCUUGCCAGGCAACGAUACCGACAAACGAUUCGGUUAUACAAACUACGACAACGAUCGGGAAUUCUCACUUUUUACCGGCAAAAGCAAGCAGAAUUUGCUAAAGGAUAUGAACAAUACGGAUGUUUCUCCGAACCCAAUGUUCUUGUAUGAUGUCAACCAAUUGCGAAUGCCACCUUCGGUGAUGGAUGGCAAUGACAAAGGUGCCAUCGAACAAGAACGCGUUUAUGACGACUUUGUGUUGAACUUGCAAGGCUUUCUAAAUGUCCCACAAAAUGUAUCGGCCAUGCCAACCAUGAUAAAAGAAAAGCCGGGCAAGACAAAGGGGAUCGACGCCKCAGAGCAGCUGCGGCGUGACGGUUUGAAGAUUGAUAUGUGCGACGAAAAAUUCGCGAUGCCCCGAAAGUGGCUGCUCGAAAUAGGUGCGAAUGUCCACCUGUGGAUCCGGGAUUAUUUUUCGAAAAGCCCCCACAAUGUGUUUGCCGGUGGAAGCAGAGGGAGUCCAUCRGCGUCGCAAUUUWUGACCAUACUACAAUCCUAUGCAGAAGAUCCUUGCCCAGAACGAGUGCAAAAACGAAAACAGCUAGAAMAGAACUGAAAGAAAAGGCGGCGCACARU